UCAAUCCAGAUCUCGCGUUAAGUUCAUAUGGUUACCACGGGUAGCCGAUUUUGAAAAGUUGAAGCAGAGUGGGCUCAUCUCUGGUAGGGUGAACGCCGGUUUCAUCGUCUGCAUUCUUGAAUUUUUUUCGUCUUUAAUAUACCUUCACCAGCACCUCAAAUGAAGGGAGUAAGGUAGCCGCAUUUGGAUUUGACCUGCUUUAAAUACAAGGUACCUAACUUGUGGGCUUCUUCAAAAUGCCUUCAAGUCAGAUUCUUCAGCCCAUCCUCAAGAUGAAGGUGGACGAGCUCUUCCUCACCUGGUUGAGUGAGCCUAAAACCCUGCUGGUGCUAAAAGACUGCCUUGACCUCGUCAAAAGUGGACGUCCUGGCAGUUUAGGCGACAUGGGCAUUAAGGAAAAGUGCACUCUGAGUUUUAAUCAAAAUAACAAUGUAGCAUCUCAGAAGAACCUGGCAGAGAAGAAUGCCGCUUCCUUCAAUGUCCCCUUGAGUUCCCCUUGUACCUCCACCCUGCCCUCAGGAUGCAGCAGCAGCAACCGGGUCACGGGACCCCAUGGCAGGAUAUUACGGAGAUCUGUCAGCUCGAAAAAGGCGCAGGUGAAGACAGAGGAGCCCGUCAGCCGCGCGCUGAGCGAAAGCAUUCCAAAGUUCUACUUCCCGCAAGGUCGGCCACAAGCCAACGUUAACAUCGAUGGUCUCAUUUCCAAAAUUGAGGCGACGUUCUGCCAAUUCCCCAAUGAAAGGGCCACCAUUGAGGACAUGGGGCAGGUUGCCAAGGCCUGCGAGUGUCCACUCUACUGGAAGAUGCCAUUGUUCUGCUUAGCUGGGGGCGACAGGACCGGCUUCGUGUCCGUGCACAAGUUCGUGGCCAUGUGGCGCAAGACGCUGCAGACCUGUCACGAUGCCGCCGCCAAGUUUGUGCACCUCUUGGCCAAACCUGGCUGUAAUUACCUGGAACAAGACGACUUUAUUCCUUUCCUGCAGGACGUGGUCAACACUCACUCGGGGCUGGCCUUCCUAAAGGAGGCAUCGGACUUUCACUCCAGAUACAUCACCACGGUGAUCCAAAGGAUAUUUUACACGGUCAACCGCUCUUGGAACGGAAAAAUAACUUGCAACGAGCUACGGAAAAGUAACUUUCUUCAGAACGUGGCGCUGCUGGAGCAAGAAGAAGACGUGAACCAGUUGACGGAGUUCUUCUCCUACGAGCACUUUUACGUGAUCUAUUGCAAAUUUUGGGAGCUGGAUACUGAUCACGAUCUCUACAUUGACCACAAAGAUUUGGCACAGCACAAUGACCAAGCCAUCUCCCAAAAGAUGAUCGAUAGAAUAUUCUCAGGAACAGUGACAAGGGACCGGCACGUUUUGAAGGACGGCCGCUUGAGUUACGCCGACUUUGUAUGGUUUCUCAUCUCUGAGGAGGACAAGAAGACAGACACCAGUAUAGAAUACUGGUUCCGCUGCAUGGACCUGGACGGCGACGGCGUGCUGAGCAUGUACGAGAUGGAGUACUUCUACGAGGAGCAGUGUCAGAAGCUGGAGCGCAUGGCCAUCGAGCCUCUGCCCUUCGAGGACUGCCUCUGCCAGAUGCUCGACCUGGUCAAGCCUCGGGUCCAAGGUAAGAUCACGCUGCGCGACCUAAAGAGUUGCAAGCAGUCGCACAUCUUUUUCGACACGUUUUUCAACAUCGAGAAGUACCUGGUCCACGAGCAGCGGGACCCCUUCUCCGUCAUCAGAGAAGUGGAAACGGAGGGACAGGAAGUGUCCGACUGGGAGCGUUACGCUGCGGAGGAGUACGACCUCCUUGUGGCUGAAGAGGCCGCCGGGAUUCACGGUGAUGACGUGUACGAAGCGCCACCGAGUCCCCUGGAAACGCACGUCCCGUCCGAUCCGGGUCUGACGAAAAGGCACUUCUUCCAGAUUCCCGCGCCGCACUGCAACUUAGACCUGGACGACUUCGAGUACGAGGAUGACUUCGAAUGAGCGAGCACGCGUCUCGAUGUUCCCACAAGCAAUUUACUGACGACCCGCUGCGACUUAUUUUCUUCUCAUUCAUUUGACCUAAUUAAGGAGUUGCGAUGACAUCACUACCUUGACUCCGCCUCCAUCCCCGCUCACUUUACAUUCCAGUGAUCAUACCGGAAGUUUCUGUACAACAAGUCAUCCGUCGGACGCCGUUUGCGUGUGAAAGUGUGAGAUGUGUCCUUUUAAUUUAUGAGAAGAAUUUAUAAAUCUAUAUGAAAGUGUAAAUAUUGUUUGCUGUGAUGUAAAUGAUUUGGGCAAGUUAAGAUUUUUCUAUGUAAUGAAGUUCAUAAAAACCAAAGUCACUGACGCUGAAAAGUCUUUUAUUUCUUUUAAAACACAGUAUUUUCACACUUAUGCUGUGAGUUGGAACGAGUUUAUCACUUGUAGACGUCCAAUCUGUUUGAAGUUACUUCAAUGGCUGUCAGUAGCAUCCAAUGUCAGGUAAGUUCAUUUUGAGGCAUUUUACGUCAUUUCAAGUUGAUUUUUGGUCACUUUCUGUUACUUUGGGGCAUUUUCAAGUAACUUUGUAUUGAUUUUUGGUCCCUUUCAAUUGAGUUUGGGGCAUUUCCGGAUCACUUCCUGUUGAUUUUGGGUCAUUUCCGGGUAACUGCGUUGAUUUUGAGUCACUUUCUUUUAAUUUUGGAGCAUUGUAUUGAUUUUUGGUUUCGUUCAAUUGAUUGGGGCAUCUUCGGCUCAACAGCGUACCACACGAAUGCUACUUGUACACCAUGACAUCGCCAUCGUAACGUGGAAGCGGGUCAUUAUAGACACACCCUCCCAUAAAAUCCAUGUUAUUUCUGCUUGUUUUCUCUGGUAAAAUUACAAAAAAAACAGCAUGCCGAUCAAACACUGCUGAUAUGGAACUUGUAGAAACGACUCUAGGCAUUACGAAAGUUGACGGAUGUUUUCUUCAGACGUUUCCCGAAACCAAAAACUCGGAGGAAAAAAAUGUGAAGAAUGGAUGAAUUUGCGCGGACGUCCAAAAGACCAGUUUAACUCCAGCAAAGGGAAGCAGUUUACAUUUCAUAUGCAGUAAACAUUGUGUCGGGGGCCAUGGUCCUACAGAGGAGGAAAAGGUAAACCAUUUUGAUAUUUUUAUUUUUUUAGAGUAGCGUUUUGCCGUGCUGCUUCUGUGGGACAAUGAAUGACCUGAGAAAAAUUAAAAUGGUAUC